AAAAUAUGAUAAAAAGGAUGAAGUUUAUAAGAUAGAAAAGAUAUUUACUGUAUUUCCUUUCUUUUUAAUUAUCUUGUUAAAUGAAUCAGGAUACACUAUCCAUUUAACAGUUGGAUUGAUAAGAUAUUGAAUAAAAAAUUUUCCUUAAUAAAUGAAGCAGUGCAAACAUUGUAAUAUUAAUAUCAUCAUCCGUGAAUAUAGCAAAGAUAAUCAUUGUCAGUGGUGUAAAGGUUGUGCAAGCAAAUACUUUAAAAUUAUUAUGAUAAAACCAAAGACACAAUAGAAUGUGAAUGUGGUAAAAAAAUUUUUAAAUCAAACUUAGAGAAGCAUAUGAAAACUGAUAUUCACAGAAAGCAAUUAAAUAAAAUUAAAAAAAGUGUUGUAAAUGCAAGGAAGAAAAAUCUUUAGACAAAUUUCACAAAAAUAAAAGCUUUACCAAUGGAUAUAGUUAUAUUUGUAAGGCAUGUUUGAAAGUUAAAAAUUUAUUCAAUAUUCUUUUCUUAUUAAAUGGUGCGAAAACUACAAUCACAUACUGUUAAACAGUUGAGACAAUUCUAUAAAGAUGAUGAUCUUAAAAGUUAUUCGAGACUGAAGAAAGCAGACUUGAUCCGUUUUAUUAUUCAACAUGGGGAUCAAGGUAUUCAAUAGAUGUUUGAUUUCAUAAGAGUAUUUUUUUUAAAUCAAAAAUUAGAGAAAAACAAAUUUGUGGAAUAUAUUAUAUCUCACAUUUUAAGCUGUCCAAAAAGAACCUCCACGUUGAAAAGAGAGAACAUAUGGAAGCAUUAAAUGAAGGUAUUCAAGAAGUUGAAACAGCCUUUGAAAGCGGAUUAAAAACAUUUUUGGAUAAAUAACAUUCAUGGUCAUAUCAAACCUAUUAAUUUUCUAGAUGUAAGAGAGUUGGUUGUGAACAAAAUACAAGAAAUAUUUAAAGUUAAUUUUCAAGUUUUUAUCUUUUAACUAUUCUGUGAAUGUAAAAGACGAGGAAUAUCAACAGUUUUCCUUCAAGACAAAACAUAAAGUAAUAUUGAAUCAGAUAGUGUAGACGAAUAUUACGAUGAAGUUAUUGAAAAGUUAUUAAAAGAAAUGGAUGAUCUUGAAACAAAAGGUUGGACCUUAACUCAAAUAAUUAAUUUACAGUUGAGAACUAAUAAGUAUGUUCAAUUAAGAGGAGCAUCCUAUAUACAUUUACCUAAAGAAAUCAAAAAUAAAACAGCUGUUUUAAACAUUAAGAAUGAAGAUGAGGAAUCAAGAUAUACGAACAACCCCAGUCCCCAAUUGAUUCGGAAAAUUGACGCUCUACUGUAUAUAGUUAUGAGAACUUUUAAUGCAUAUUUUAAAGAAAAUGAUUUAGACAUUUUUCCAUUAAGAAUAACUGAAAAGAAGUUAGAUAAGCUUGUUAAUUUGUUCUAUGUUAAAGGAGAGAAAUCACAUUAUUGCUUGAUAAAGAAUUUAUCUCGGUUAAUUGGAAGCCAGCUUACUUCAUUUGGACAUAAGAUUUAUCUACAUGAUAGAUGUUUAAUGCACUUUUAUUCAGAAGGGAAAUUGAAAAGUCAUGAAAAUUAUUGCAAAACAAAUAAGCCUGUGAAAAUUGAAAUGCCUUUUGGAGGAAAUUAAUCGCUCUUUAAAAGUCCCAUUUGUCAUCUAUGCAGAUUUUGAAUGCUUAACAAGAAAAAUGUGUGUGUGUCAGCCAGAUCCCGAAAAAUCUUAUACAAUGGCC